CUGACCAGCGAAGCCUGGACGGGGGCCAGCAGAGAUCAGUCAUUGCUGAAAAAGCUUACAAGGGAUUUUGGAAGGGUUUGCUGGAGGGUCUGGCUGGGGAGAGGCCACAUCUGUUCAUACACAUUUUCUGAAGAUGCAUGUGAAGAUGGCAGCCAGGCUGGAUGGACCUCUGAUGCACAGUCACAUCCGAGGCCUGGGCAGGGUGAUGGUAUUCCUCGCAGCAGCUUUGGCAUCAGCCUCCCUCACGAUCCCCGAGGGCUGGGGAGAGGAAGGUGUGCAGUACAGCCAGCUGGGGACGGACGUGACCCUGUCGUGCAUCGGUGCCCGCACUGGCUCAAUGGUCCAAUGGAGACGAGAUGGGGCUGUGGCACUGCCAGAGGGCUCAGCCAUCCAUCAGGAAGCCCUGGUGCUGCCACGUGCCAGCCUGGCUGCUGCUGGGACUUACAGCUGCCACGACGAGGAUGGCAGCCUCCUGCAUACCGUUUCCCUGCAGCUGGGCCGGUGGGAGACCCUUUGUGGGGACCCCGCACUGACAGUCUCCUCCCCCCGGGCUCCAGAUCUGCCGGGGGUCCCCUUUGUGUCCUGCAGAGCAUCUGAUUACGAGAACUUCUCCUGCUCUUGGACCUCCAGUCUGGAGACCUUCCUCCCAACCAGAUACAUCACUACCUAUAGGAAGAAGUCACUGACAGGAGAAGAGAAGCGAAGGAACAAGAGCGGGCACGUGGGGCCAUGCCUGCAGGACCCAGCACGCACGGGCACCUGCACCGUUCACCGGUCAGAGUUCUGGAGUUCCUACCGGUUGAACAUCACAGAGGUGAACCCACUGGGUUCCAGCUUCCGCCUUCUAGAUGUCACCAUGCAGGCCAUCAUUAAGCCGGACCCUCCGGAGGGCUUGGUGGUGGAACCUGUCCCCCUCGCCCCUAGGAGGCUUCAUGUCAGCUGGAAGUACCCCGCAUCCUGGCCCAAGGAGCCCCACUUCCAGCUGCGGUUUCGCCUCCAGUACCGCCCCGUCAUCCACCGCUCCUGGUCUGUGGUGGAGACGGUGAACCUGUCUGAGGUGAUCACAGAUGCUUUUGCGGGGCUGGAGCAUGUGGUGCAAGUGAGCGCGAAGGAUUUCCUGGAUGCGGGGAAUUGGAGCGAAUGGAGCGCAGAGGCACGGGCCACGCCAGUCAGAGACCCAGCCACCAUGGUGAGUGAAGAAACCACUACAGAUGUCAGCCUGGGAAGCCUGGCUGAGGAGCCUUCACAGGCACCCAACCCUGAGCCCAUCAACCGUAGUGACCCCCUGGAGAAUACAACCAUCCUGGUCUCCCUUGGGAUCUUUGCCUUCUUUGUCCUGGCUGCCGUUCUCGUCAUCGCCAUACUCAUCUGGCUCCGUGUGAGGAAGCACAGCAAGGAUGAGACCAAACCCCACAACUUCCUGGUUGCUGCCACCCACUUGAAGGCUCUGCCAAGAACCCAGAUCCUGCCAUGAGCCACAGCUGACCCUGCUCUGUGCAUCCGCUCACCAUGUACGGGACAUAGCACCACUGUUGGCCCCAAGGGCUCCAUGUCACGCAGCCUCGGGCAUUGCCCCCAGCACCUCCAGGGUGCGGGAUGGACCCUAUGGACAGAAGCUGCGCUCCCAGGAUCUCUGGGCUUCCUGUGCCUGUCAGGAGCGGCUGGACUCAUGGGGAUGGGGCACCGAGCCAGCCCCUCAUCACCUCGUCAUGCCGCCUCCAUGGGGAUCAUGGGCACAGGCUCCUCCCAGGGGUGCUGGGCAUCAGUGACCGCUGCGCCCCUCACCAGCUGUCAGCAGACAGAAGGGAACCCUCCUUCUGUAAUCUCAAUAAAGAGGGUAGUGUUUUCACUGCCCAGAAAGA